UUUCUUUUAAUUGGAGGUUAUGGUUCAAUCCUAUGGUUCAAUCCUCUACGGGUUUUUGCAGGAUUUCUAAAAUUCUUUGCUGAAAGCAGUGAAAACUUGGAGACGUUAAGGCCUUUUCUCAGUGGGGAGAGAGAGAGAGGGCCGAUUCAUGGAUCCCAAGAACACAAAUCAACACCAAGUACCAAAUUUCUUGAACCCACCAUCGAUGCAGCAGCAAAAUCAGAGGAUGGGAGAUACAAACAGCAACGAGAAGAGUGGUCUGAACAAAGAAGCUGAGGUUAAGGAUCAUCAGAUUGUGGUCGCGGACAAAGAGGUGAACAAGAAACAGCAGCAGUUGUUGGGUCCGAAGAGGAGCUCGAACAAAGACAGACACACCAAAGUCGAGGGCAGGGGUCGGAGAAUCAGGAUGCCGGCGCUAUGCGCGGCGAGGAUUUUUCAGUUGACCAGAGAAUUGGGUCACAAAUCCGACGGUGAGACCAUUCAGUGGCUUCUUCAGCAGGCUGAGCCAUCGGUUAUCGCCGCCACAGGUACCGGAACUAUUCCCGCUUCUGCCUUGACCGCCUCCGUCACAGCCGCCGGUGGCUCUGGGAUCUCUCUGUCGACGGGUCUGAUGAUGAACCAUGAUCUUAGCGGUGGUGGGAUUGGUGGGUUGGGCAGUAGUAGCAGACCCAAUUGGCCCAUGGUGGGUACCGGCGAUGGCGGAGGAGGAGGAGGAGAAGCAGCUUCUAGGGCUCAUCACCAUAAUAUACCAACGGCGUUGUGGCCAAACGUUGCUAGCUUUGCGUUUCAGCCACCGUCUGGCGGCGGCGGAGGAGCUGGUGCAUCAACCACCGGGAUAAUAAGUGAGAGUGGCGGCGCCGGCGCCGGCGCAGGCGGAGGAUACAGAAUUGGGCUUUCCGGGUAUGAUUUUCCCGGUGUUUCGAACAUGGGUGCGAUGAGUUUUGCAUCAAUCUUAGGUUCUGGUUCUAACAAUCAGAUGCCCGGACUGGAACUUGGGUUGUCUCAGGAUGGGAACGCUGGUGUUUUGAAUCAACAGGCUCUCACGCAGAUUUAUCAUCAGUUGGAUCAGGCUAGGGUUCCCCACCACCACCACCAUCAUCUUCAUAACCAGCGACGCCCACAUGAAAAUCAGCAAGAAACUUCGGAGAAAGACGAUUCUCAAAGUUCAGGGCUUUGAUGGGAAAAAAAAUGGGAUUUUGAAAAGGCUUUCUGCUUAGAAGCUUGGAUUUUGUUUGUGAUGAUCUUGUUGCUGGACAACCAUGGAGAGGCCAUUAUGGUUAUACUGAGUGAUAUAUAUCGGCAUAUAUGCUUACACAGGUGAGCUGAUUUGAUUUGAUUCGAUCCUUCUUCAAAGGGGAGGAGCCAAAAUCUCAAAACUUGUUUUUGAACUUGCAGGUGGACUGUUAAUAGAACAGCCAUUUUUUUUUUUGGUUCCUGUAAUUUGGCAUGAUGUUGUUUGAUCCAGAGGCUUGUUCACCAUAUAAUAUAAUGUAAGGAUUUCUUGUUUUUACAUAUCCUAUGUAUUUGUGAUGGUCCAACACUUGUUGAAAAUCCAAAUCAAUGGCCUUUUGGUAGUAGACAGAAGCUUAAGUAU